CUAAAACCAGCCAACCAGCCUAGGCUGGAUUUUUCAGCAGGGAAUGUAAUUAUAUAAAAAUAUCACUAAUUUCUUGAUCCCUAAAACUAUGCAUGCUAGCCUAAAACCAGUAAAAUAAAAUAUAAAUCUACAAACCUUAAACAUAUCAAUGUCAUUUUAACUAGUAAACAAUGAAUUAUAUAAAAACCAUAUCCUGAAAGACAAAACUGAUUUUUCUGUGCAUCGAUUUGAUUGGGCUGUUACGGCUGUAAGUCAAUAAUAUUAAAUGAACAACUAGUUUAAUGUCUAAAACAUUCUUGUAGGUGAUCCGAGAGAAGCUGUGUGGAUUCCUAUUUGUAGAAAGUUUGUAGUAAUUCAAAAGUUCAUAUAUUGUACAAGAGAGAUAAAACAAACGAACUGCCCGCAUCAUAAUGUAAUUUAAGGACUGUAAAUAAAUAACUUUCCUGAUGCACGUCUUGUAAAUGUCUUUCAACUGUUGAAUUUGUAAUCCCCCUAAAUAUUAACAUUGUUUCCCACACAAUUAAAAAAUACAUUUGAAGGUUGUUUAAGAUGAGAAGUGGACUACUUUCUGUAAUGUAUUAAUAUUCAAUUGAUUAUUGGAUGAUCAUCUAUUAAUAGAAAUGUCCUUGAUAAAUGUAGCUUUGCAUAAUUAUGCACCAGUUGAAAUGCUGUUUAUUAUUAACAUUUUUAGUUAUCUAAAUUGUCAGUUUAAGUAUUCUAACACAGAGUAUCUUAUAUUAGUUUAUUAAACGUUUUAAAUUGUCUUCUAAGUACAAUAAUACAGCUUUUUCCCUCUCUGAACUUGUGACGGAGACGUGAUGUGACGUCAUCAGGCUGCGCCGCCCUCCUGCGUCUGUUGUUGUUGCUGAAGGUUUGUUUUUUAAUAUUCAAGGUUUGCAAAGCAAAAUGCUUACUCGAUAUAUUACUGUUUUCACAGGCGAUUCUAAAUUAAUUAUGCAUUAUUGAACGAUACAUCGUAAUACUUUAUCUAUCAGCCAUGAAGCGCAUCCAAACGUGUAAACAGCAGAAAGUGCGUCUCAUUUCGAUCCUCUUUUAGUCUAUAAUUAAUUAUAAUAAACACUCGCUGUUUGUCGAGCAGUGAUGGAGAAACAGCUUUAUGAAACUAUUCAGGUAUUCUGUAUUCUGUAAAUAAAUACAUUAAUCUCCCCAACACUGUUCAUUUACAACAUUUAAUUAAAACAUUUGCCUUUUUUCAUCGGUCAACAAUAAAACAAACAAACAAAAGGUUAAAUCAGAAUCUCGGGUAAAGGCAUAACCUAACCCCCUUCCGAUCAUUUUCCCUCCGGUGGGCCAAAUCAAAGGACACAACGGGCAAACUUUGUCCCGUGGGCCAUAAUUUGGGCAUCACUGAUCUAAUAAGCAGGUUUAGAAAUGUGUAGCUAAUAAUUAGUUUAAACCCAUCAUCGGUUUCAGUAAGCACAACUUCUAUACUGUAAUGGCGUUUAAAUCUUUACACGUUCCGAUUCUCUGAAAAUGUGAACAUAGCGUUCAAUGAUUUCCACUUUUUGAGGCAAAUUUGUUGAUUGUCUAUACCAGGGGUGGUCAAACUCAGUCCUGGAAGGCUGCUUUCCUUCAGAUUUUAGCUUCAACUUGCCUCAACACACCUGCAAGGAUGUUUCUAGAAAGCCUAGUAAGAUCUUGAUAAGCUAGCCUAGGUGUAUCUGAUUGGGGUUGGAACUAAACUUUGCAGAACACCGGCCCUCCAGGACUGAGUUUGGACACCCCUGCUCUAUAGUUUAUCUUUGUGUAAGCUGAAAACGUGUUUGCCAGUUUAAAAAGUAUUCGGGAAAUGGCCUAAAAGGGUCUAGCUAACGUACGUUUGUCUUCAUAUUUCAGUUGCCAAUAAAUCAGUUACCUUUUAUUCGUUUUCUUCUGUCUUAGACCUGAAGGUGCUGAAAGAGGAGAGCGAAGUACUUGAUGAAAUGGAAGGGAAAUCGUUUAGCUGCUCAGAGUCUGAACAGACGGCAGCUCUAUAUAAGUUCAUCUGCACACAGUGUGGAAAGAGUUUCACGAAAAAGGGAACUCUAAAAAGCCACAUGAGUGUUCAUACGGGGGAGAAACCGUUCAUUUGCCAGCAGUGUGGGUGCAGUUUUGCUAAAAAGGGAACUCUUAAAGGCCACAUGAGUGUUCACUCUAAAGAAAAGCCGUACACAUGCUUGCAAUGCGGUAGCAGCUUCACUCAAAAAGGAAGCUUUAACAGGCACAUACGAGUUCACACCGGAGAGAAACCUUACACCUGCCAACUGUGUGAGAAGAGCUUCACAACUGAACUAAACUUUAAGUAUCACGUCAGCAGUCACGCCGGAGAGAAACCGUUCAUAUGUGGCGAUUGUGUAAAGAGUUUCAGGCACAAAGCAACCCUUGACAAACACAUGACGUCUCACUCGAGAGUGGACAGUUUUGUGUGUCAUCAGUGUGCACGCAGUUUCAAAGACCAGGAGAAUCUGAGGAAUCAUGUCAAAACUCACACUGGAGAAAACCUAUUGAUGUGCGAUCACUGUGGGAAGAUUUCCUCCAACAAAACAAACCUCCAGGUUCACAUGAGAGUUCACACGGGGGAGAAGCCGUUCGGCUUCCCUCAGUGUGAAAAAAGCUUCAGAUUCAUCGGAAACCUUCAGACUCACCUGAGGGUUCACAAUGGAGAGAAGCCGUACGUGUGUCUGCACUGUGACAAGAGUUACUCGUACCAAAGAGACCUGAAGCGACAUCUGGAAACUCACUCUGGAGAGACUUUGUCGGGUUCCUAAGUGUUGUAAAAGGUUAUUCAAAAAAAAAAAAAGUACUACUUUUAAAAUCUGCUCAUUCGCUUGGAGAAAGGCAAACUGUCAGCAAAAACUUGCCAUCACCGCUAUAUUUUUGUAUUCUUUGUGUGGCAUUUUAAACAACUGUGCAAUAGGGAUGGGAAGUUCUGAUCAUUUUACUGACCUUUGAGACUUCUAGUAUUAGAGAUUGAGUAUUUUUUUUUUUAGCUAUUUCAUUCAGUUUUCCAAAAUAACAUUAAAAAUGUUUAAAAAAUAGUUUCUGCCAAACACAUCUACAACACAAAUGUUGAUCACACUACAAAAAAAGCCAUAACUUGAAUGCAAUAGGAGAAAAUAAUCAUUCAUUGUUUGCCUCUGUCAAUUUAGCUCAGCUCCUCUGACAAGUCUUCAAGUUUGAGUAGUGUUCACAUGACACUGACCGUCCCAUAUAAGCUUAACCAAUGCACUCAGUCUGAGCUGGAACGACGCAAUUUUCCCUUGGGCCUUUUGUUUUCUAUUGCCAUGCCUUGUCUUUUCUAUUGUCAAGAGUCUUCAAGGCCUUGCCCGAAAUUCCUCUUUGGUAAAUAUUGAGCAAACUUACCUUAGUUCUUACCUUAGUUUCGAAAUUACUACUCAUUAGUGAAGGGAGAAUCAAAGCUUUAAAACAAGUGAAGUUCAUUUAUAAACUAAUUGCCAGAUGAUCACAUGCUUAUGAUUGACCACGGCUGCUAACAUACGAUUUACUAAUCAGACGAAUCCAAACAUGCAUAAAAAAACUGAUUUUCUUACCUUAAGCUGUGCCCUGCUGAAAAAAACAGCUAAAACCAGCCUAAGCUGGUUGGCUGAUCUUAGCUGGAAGUAGCU